CACCAACUGAUUUACAUUAUCUUAGUGGUAUAGAUUAUCCAAAUAGAUCCUAUUCAAGUACACACAUUAUUUUAGUAAUCUCUUAGUAAACAUGAUAGGGUUGGAUAUGAAGACUAGAACGUGAACCAGACUAGAGUUAGACACAGUUUGUAGUUGUCCUGCCCCCAUGUCGGUCUGUCUCUCGCUCUCUCUCGCUCGCUCUCUCUGUCUCUGUCUGUCUGUCUGUCUGUCUGUCUGUCUGUCUGUUUGUCACCAUGGGUUCUAGCUUUCUGUGUAGUUGUAUGUAGGUUCAGCCAGUAUUGACUCUGAGCUACAUUAGGGUACUGUGGCCUGGGGAUUAGAAGUGAAUGCCAGAGAGGUAGAGGGGACAGGAAGGACAGUGGGCCAGCGGGCGCAGAGCAGAGCGCCAGGGCCUUACAGAUAAAUAUAAUACAGUCCAGGAAUAAUCAACAGCAAAUGGUCUAGUAGCUAUCAGCACUCAGAGGCUCUCUGCAACCUUCAUACAACAUUUAUGCAAUCUUCAUACAACAUCCCUUAGUUCCAGCUGUUGCAUGGUGAUAAGGAAGGCAUGACACGUUGGUUUUGUCAUACUGUAUCAGUUCAUGUUGUUGUGAUGGAUAGUAGAGACUGUUUAAUGCCUGUGAUGAUACAGUAUGUCUGGCUGCCCUUAUCCGCUUCAUCUGACACUUCCAGACAUUGUUGUUAUUUUGGUUUGCAUUGGCCUGGGUGUUGAGUGUUGUUCAGGAGCUUUUUAUAGCUCAGAGUAUAGUUGGUCGUCCCAGUUACUCUUUGGAGAUCUGAGCUGAAUAUGAAGAAUAGGUCUAUAAUCUGCUCUAUUUAACAAAAAUAUUAGAUUUAAGGAGUUAACAAUGAAUUUGCAUGUUUUUACUACUUUUUAAUUGAUAGCAAUGGACCAUAACAGUAGUGUGUGUCCCACGUGUUGUAGUCUGUGUGUGACUGUCUGUGACAGACUUCCUUGCUGUAGUCUGCUAAUGCUGCUAGGUUUUGCUGGUGACAGUCAGUACCAUGGUGUCUGUCAGUUUAGCCUGUUUCACAGCCUGCCAACCCAUUCUGUCUGGAUUAAGGCCAUCUGGGACACCAUUGUCUGCUGGAGCAUCUUCACUACCUCAGAUAUGCAGGACUUAUGUAUGCAGCUGUUGAACAAAUGGAUUGGAAACACGCCUGCUCACAUAAACUGAGAUGUUCCAUUCCAUUUUCACAACUCAGUCACUUCUUAGUGUGUGUGAUUCUGGUGAAGUUAUCGUCGUGACUGUUGGACAUUUUAUUGGAGAUUUUCUUAGGAGCUUUACAGUGAUAAGUCUUUGGAUGGGAGUUUGGUGGACAUCUGGAUCAGCUGAGGGAAGGAGUAAAUCCCAUGGCAGGAAGUGCUGAUGUGUGUAACAGUACUGAUCUUCCAGAGGUGGAGAUCAUCAGUCUACUGCAGGAGCAGCUACCUCACUACAAGCUGAGAGCAGACACCAUCUACGGGUAUGACCACGACGACUGGCUCCACACCCCUCUCCUCUCCCCCGAUACCAACCUGGACCUCACCGUCGAGCAGAUUGAGGAGACUCUGAAGUAUUUCCUUCUAUGUGCUGAAAGAGUGGGCCAGAUGACUAAGACGUACAAUGACAUAGAUGCUGUUACACGUCUGCUUGAAGAGAAAGAACGGGAUUUGGAGCUCGCCGCCCGCAUCGGCCAGUCACUGCUGAAGAAGAACAAAACCCUCAGUGAGAGAAAUGGAUUCCUGGAGGAGCAAGUGGAGCACAUUCGAGAGGAGGUUUCUCAGCUGCGCCAUGAUCUGUCAAUGAAAGAUGAGCUUCUCCAGUUCUACACUAGUGCAGCAGAGGAGAGUGAAGGAGAUUCGUCCACCUCUACCCCCAUCCGCCACAAUGACUCCACACUGUUGGUGCCAAGUUACUUCCCCCUGGACUCACUGCAGAAGAAACUCAAAGACCUGGAGGCAGAGAACAUCUCUCUUAGAUCAGAGGCCAGUCACCUGGAGACUGAGACAGAGGAGUACGAGGAGAAGGAACAGCAGCUGGUCAACGACGUCGUCAAAGAGCUGAGAGAUGCCAACCACCAGAUGUCCACCCUGGCGGAGGAGCUGGCGAGGAAGACGGAUGACGCAUCUCGCCAGCAGGAGGAGAUCACACACCUCCUGUCCCAGAUCGUAGACCUGCAGAAGAAGUCCAAGUCUUAUGCAGUGGAAAAUGAGGAGCUCACCCAGCAUCUAGGGGCUGCCAAAGAUGCCCAGCGCCAGCUCACUGCUGAGCUGAGGGAGUUGGAGGAUAAAUAUGCAGAGUGUAUGGAGAUGCUCCAUGAGGCCCAGGAAGAGCUGAAGAACCUCCGGAAUAAAUCACUGCCUCUCAGUACACCCCGACGCUUCCACUCCCUGGGCCUGUUCCCUAUGGACUCUCUAGCUGCUGAGAUUGAGGGCACCAUGAGGAAGGAGCUGGCUAUGGAUGACCCGGAAGUGGAAGAGCAGAAGUUGCACCCCAAGCGUGUGUUUGAGACCGUGAAAAACGUUAACCUGAUGCGUCAGCGCUCCUCUCUGGCCCCGUCUCCCAUGAACAUCCCCGGCUCCAACCGGUCGUCCUGUCUGAACUCGGGCCGCUCCAGCUGCCUGUCCACGCCCCGCUCCAGCCUGUACGGAGGAGAUAUGGGGAGCAUCCUCAUAGACAACCGCACCAACAGCUUCAUACUGGAGACGCCUGACCACAGUGUGGAUGACUCCAACAAGAAACCAGGGACCCCUGGAACGCCGGGCUCUCAGGAUCUGGAAGCAGCCCUCCGACGUCUCUCCCUGCGGCGGGACAACUGCCUGAGCGAGCGCCGCUUCUUCGAGGAGGAGAGGGAUCGGAAGCUCCAGGGGCUGGUGGAGAAGGGAGAGGUGUACAGCGGCAGUAUGACCCCCACAGAGAGCAUCAUGUCCCUGGGAGGAACACACCCCUCUUCCGUCUGGUCUGGGUACUCCUUCAGCUCCCGCUCCUACCUGCCGGAGAAGCUGCAGAUCGUCAAGCCACUGGAAGGCUCAGCCACCCUGCACCAGUGGCAGCAGCUGGCCCAGCCCAACCUGGGUGGGAUCCUGGACACGCGGCCUGGUGUGGUCACCAAGGGCUUCCGUCCUCUGGAACUAGACCUGGAGCACAUCUACCAGUUCACUGACUUUGAGGAGGAGGACUUUGAGGUAGUGGAGGAGUCAGACGACCUGUCUGUCCACAGCCUCUCUACCUCAGGCUGUAGUGGCAUCGCCAUCCUCAGCCGGCAGGGCCUCCGUACCCGCUCCUCCUCCUGCUCCUCCACCUGCAGCGGCAGAGCCAUCAACAACAGCCUUCCAGAGGGUGGGGUUGGAGGUGAUGGAGAAGCCAGGGAAGAGGGCGAGACAUUGGGCCCAGGCAGCACACCACUGUUGUCGCCCGCACCUCCAGACAGCGAGAACCAGGAGAACCAGGAUCAGGCUGCAGCCGCUGAUGGGUUGUCCGCCCACUACCCUGGUAAAUGUAUGUCCAACACCAGCUCCACCUAUACCUUCACCACCUGUCGGAUCAUGCACCCAUCAGACGAGCUGACCAGAGUCACCCCCAGCCUUAUGUCGGGCCCUUCUGCCUCCUGCGUCGUGACCAGCAGCAGCAGCGUCAGAUCCACCCCCUGCUCCACCCCCUGCACCCCGCGCCGCCUCAGCCUGGCGGCCGAGUCCUUCACCAACCUGAGAGACUCCACCAAGACCAUGAGCACUAGUGGAGGUCUUGUGCGGCUCCUCCAGGAGCGAGGCAUCUCUGCAGCAGUCUACAACCCUCAGAGCUGGGACCGGGCAGACUGUAGCACCUCCAUCCCCACUGGGGGGGCACCGUUGCUCCUACCGCCUCGGCCCCCCGACACUCUACCCUCCACGCCGCCCAACUCCCCAACCCACCACUCCCUCCGCUCCAAACCCAGCGGCCCCUUCGACCUCAGCCCCAGUGCCCUGCCCUAUGACAACUUCCUGGCGUCGAAGCCGGCCAGCUCCAUCCUGAAGGAGGUGAGGGCGGAGGCCCAGAGCAGUGAGUCAGCGGACAGCGAGUGUCAGAUUGACGUCAGCGUCCACAACCUGAAGCUGGUGGACAAGCUGAAGCGCUUCAGCGUGGCUGGGGCCAGCCCCUCUUUAUCAGGGGCCACGGGGCCCACCAUGCUGGGGCCCCUCAGCGGCCUCCACUGCCCUUCCCACUUCGGCCCCUCUGUGGUGGCCAGUCCAAUAGGGGGCCUCGGCCCCGCUCUGAACGCAGGCAUCCGCCGCAACCGCAGCUACCCAGCCAUGGUAGGGGCCGGCAUGGCAAUGAAGGGCCCGGGGCCCCACAGCCCCACAGACAUGCUCCUUGCUUCUUCCUCCAAGCUCCCCAGACAGACUAGUCUCAAUGAUGAGUGAAUGAAGGUUUCCUUGAGUUGAAUGUAUAUAUAGCUGCUGUAUGAGGCCCCCGUUUCCGUGACAAAUCAACUCUGUGCCUGAAAGAGAUGCCCUUUCUUUGUACAGUGCAUUUUGUAUCAAUGAUAAUUAUUUUGUCUUCCGUUAUCUCUCUCUUUUUCUUUCUCUCUCUCUUCUGCUUCUCUUUCUCUCUCUUUGUCUCUCUCCUUACAACUCUCAGUAAAUAGUACCAUGAUGUAUUAUUCUUUCUGUUUCUGAUUGGCCAGGCAGAUCGGUAGGCUGAAGAACAUGUACUGUAGCACCUGUUAUCUGUUUAGAAAAAGGAGCGGUUCCAAGCCCAGGUAAACUCAUUUAAAAAAUCUAUUUUUUUUAUUCCCAGGUCUAAAUGUAUACAUGUAGACAAAAAAACAUUAUCUUCCUGUUAAUUAGCCAAUGAGUGGCAAACAGUACCAACGAACGCACCUUAAGUGGUAUUUAAGGGUUUUCAGUGGCAUCCAUGAAAUGUUGGAGGUACGGUAUGCAAACUACUAGCUAGCACAAUACUGGGCAACAACACAUCAUGUUAUUCACCUCAACGUUUUAUCCAAAUAAAGACUGGGAAGGAGCCACACUUGAAGCUAAGAGGAAUGCAUGGAUGUUUGCCGUGAAUGAAUAGGCUAUGGUUUGAACUUGAAAACAAAAUCACUUUAUUGUAACAGACCAACAUUAUUUCUAGACAUUUGUGUGCAGUGUGAGUAUGUGAACUUGUGUGUAUAAAGUUGUUGAAAGAUUGACCUAUAGGCCUAGAUAGUCUAAGAAAGACUUGAGUCAUUUGGUUAAAGUGAUAAUCAGAUAUACAGGACAUUUCAACCAGAGCCCACUAACUGCUGUCUCCCAAUACAAAACCAGUGUACGAGAGUUCUCUGGGAGGGACGCCAUUGACUUGUAUGAGAGAAAAAUUAUACAAGUUUCAAUUGUUUUUCUCUGUGAUAAAAAGCUUUGGUGACUGAACUGUUAGCUUUAAACUAAAGCCACUGUACUGUAAAUGAAGUUGUGAAACGCAGAGACGGAGGGAUACGUCCUAGUGCCUCAUCCUUUACAUAGUUUCAUUGUUGUUUGACUGACUGACCUGUCUGUCCAUUGUGUGGUCUGCCUUCCUCUAAUAGAUUCCACCCUGCUAUGAGCAGUUUAACUACAAAUGUGUUUUGAGGAUAUCCUCCUCGUAGGGAUUUUAACUUGAACUGCAGAGAAGAUGAGAUAUCGUUAGAUCUUGGAUAUCUGUAUUUUGAGAGAGCUGCAGUGUAUGUGUUGAAAUGAAGAAGACACACCUGUUAUUUAUCAUUUACUUCUGACAAAAGUAGAGAUUUGUCCGCGCUGACAUUGUGUGUAACCUGAAUAUCCUUUGAAUGUAUUGAUUAACAGCAGAAAAUAUUAUGUCCAUAUGUCUAUGUUGAUUUAAAUGAUGGGUUUUACUGCAUUUCAACCACAAAGGGAACUAUUAUUAUAGUACGUGUACAUUGUAAAUGGUAUGUAUGCAAUGAAUUUAGCCAUGUUAACUAUUUUUUAAUAAACUAGAAUAUAUAUAUAUAUAAGGGACAAAAAUGUUGUUCAGGCAAUGAAGUGGUCAGAACACUGGUCUAAAAACAAGCUGGGUUUUUGUGUUCCGGAUUUUCAAGAGCACCUAUUUGCAGAAAAGGCGUAUCAAUAAAACAAUUGAUAUGA